ACUCGUGGACGCACUAUGCAGCUUUUUUUCUGGGCCGGCCUUAUCUUCAUCUCAUGGACGCACUCGUGGCUUCAGUCUAUCCUCGUUUCUUUUCCCCUCCUCCACGAGUUCAUCUCCAACCUCUGUCAACAUCCCCCUGCCUCCUCCAACCGUGCCGGGAGAGGCGCUCCUCUGCCCCGAGCCAUCUUAAAAGGACCCCGCACCAUCGCACCUCACCUUGGAGCUCGCCGCCUCGGGUCACCUCUCCGUCUUGAUCUGUCCUCCACUGCCGGAUCCGCCGCCUCAACCUCUCCGCCUCGAUCCGUCCGCCGCCGCCGGAUCCCGGAAGCAGCCGGAUCCGCCGCCGCCUGCCUCACCUGCGUUCGUCCGCAGCGUGGGCCACGCAGCUGCCUCGGCCCCCCUGCCUCGUCCAACCGCGCCAGGAGAGGAGUCCUCUGCCCCGCCACCGGAUCGACCCCAGAGCAGCCGGAUUCGACGUCUACUGCCUCACCUGCGUUCGUCUGCUGCGUGGGCGCAGCUGCUCGUGAACCGUCGUCCAUCUCUCUGCCCUGCUGUGUAGGUCACCCGCGUCGCUGGUGUCGCAGGUCUUCGGGCGGCAUUGAUGCUUCGAUUGGCAGCUGAUGUCUCACUUUCUGAUUCCUUAUUCGCUGUUAUCACCAGCUGGGUCUUUGCGUCUCUCUGCUCCCGAGUAUUGCAGCCCUUCUCUCAUUUAGCAGGUCAUGAUUUUGACUCCCCUCAACCGAGCUGAUUUUCUGUGCGUGCGGACCGCGGGUUCAAUAUUAGAAAGUGCAGGGUCCUUUUUAUGAGAACAAAGCGUUUUUUCAAAGUGUGACUUAAACAGGGACUGCGGGUUGAUUUCAAAGAAACAGAGGGGCGUUUUCGCAAAAACACCGACGACGUACGGGCAAAAGCACUCCGUGCUUUAUUAGUAGGGAAAGAUAUAUUAGGUAUAGAUAUAUACAAUAUGAUCUAGUAGUCGAGAUUUUAAGGAUACACACGAUAAAAUAAAUAAGAAAAAAAUGAA